AUGCUUUACUUAACAGAAGCAAUUUCAAGUACACAUUCAUCACAUACUUUAUGUCAUAAUCCAGAUACUCGUCGUGAAUGGCGAAGUCUCAGUCUGGAUCAGAAGCACGAAUAUCUCGAGGCUGUGCAGUGUCUUCGACAUAUUCCUUCCGCAUUGAAUCCGAAUAUGUCACUCUAUGAUGACUUCCCAUAUUUGCACAACACAAUUGGGGAUUACGCUCAUAUGGCUGCUCCAUUUUUGGCAUGGCACAGAUACUUCAUUCACUUAUACGAGAGAGCACUCAAAGAGCAGUGUGGCUACAGUAGCAACCUGGCCUAUUGGGACUGGAGUCUUGACUGGGAAACCAUGCCAUACGCUCCGGUUUUCAGUGCUGAACACGGCUUCGGCGGUGACAGUCAUCCCAACCGUGCACCCAGUGAAGAUUUCAUUAUCGGCGAAGACCGUUGCGUUGACAAUGGUCCUUUUGCCGGUCUCGAAGUUCACUGGUUUGGCAAAGAAGAUUUCCCUCACUGCUUAUCACGUGGCUUCCGUGACGGAAGCCCAAUGCCGGAAAUGGGUUAUCUUAUUCGACCAGAGGCCAUAGAAAAUCUUCUUCGUGAGACCGAUUAUGAGAAGUUCUUUUUGGGCUUGGAAGAAGGGCCCCACAAUGCUAUCCCGAGUGCUAUUGGCGGGGAUUUCUCGUACACUAUUGCGCCUUAUGAUCCAUUAUUCUUUCUUCAUCAUACUCAGCUCGACCGUACUUGGUGGCGUUGGCAACAACUCCAUCCGUCACACCAGAUGCAGUACUUUGGCGCUGCAAAGCACCAUUCUAAUAAGUCAGCCUCCUUGGAUGAUAUUCUUCCAAUGGGGGGUUUCGCACCUGGAAUCAUGGUGAAGGAAAUUAUGAAUACUGAAUCAGGUUUACUUUGUUACCGAUAUUAG